CCGCGGCGCGAUGUUGGCGCAGGACGAUGCAGUAACAUCCGUGCUCGGGUCGGUUUGUCUCCCCGCGAUUUGGACACCAACCUUCAAGACUGCCUCCGUUUAAAACAAAUAUUUAAAAAAUAUUAUUUUAUUUAAAUCCUUAACACUAAUAACAGUAACUACUAAACCAAGUUAUUUAUAAUAAUAAUAAUACUAAAUAAUAAAUAAUAAAUAAUAUCUACAGCAAGAGAAUAAUCGUCGGGACUCUUAAUUAUUUUUAGUGGAUUAAUAAAAACGUAAUCUAGGCAAUGGUUGGGGUGCACACGCGGUGAUUACACAAUUCGGUAAAAAAAAAGGACUCUACUGCAGAACGGAUGGAGAACGUAACUUAGAAAGAAGUAAAUAAAUAUAAAUAAAAGUUUAAAUAAAAUGAAAAUAAAAUAAUUAAAAAUGUGUCCGUGACAUCUCAAAGUAGACAAUCUCUCCAAGCACCUGGUUCCUGAGUGAACUGACACUUGGUAAAUUACUAUCGAAAUAGGAUUCGCCACUGUGACGUGACACUGCUGUGAGAGGUGUGACUAUCACUUUAUUUAAAUAAAUAAAUUUUAAGUACGUUUAAAAACCACGCACACAGUAACGCACCCUCUCACUUGUUAUGCGUACGAAAAAACUCUGAUAGCUAAGCUGAGCUGGUUGAGGAUUUAAGGGUUGAUCGUUAGGUAGUCGUACAUAAAUAUUAGCAGUGCUGAGUGAAAGUAAUGACAAGCCAUCGAUGAGAGCCUGAAAUGUUAACACAAACCGAGUUUUAUGCUCUAUUUAUUCACUACACUUUCGUGUAGUAUGAUAGGGGGCGGGUCCUUGCAGCUGCGAUGAAGGUGACGGACGAAAUAAUGGAUUAUUUCGGGGACUGCUCGGGACACCAAGUGUGCUUGUUCUCUUAUGUUUUUGCUUAAGUGCUGUGCUAAAAAAUAGAGUGUUGUGCACCGUAAGAGUAAGAAGAGGAGUUGAUAAUUAAGAAAAAAAAUAAAUUAGAUAAAUAAAUAAAUAAAAGAAGGGAAAUUAAAUAAUAAACCCAGCCAAGGCCCGCGGAUACAUCUCCAGAGCCCGCCCCAAAACAUCAGUGCCUAUUCUCCUCUGUAUCGCUUAUUUCCUGCAUUAAACCUCAACUGUAUAUAUAUACAUACAUUAUAUACCCAUAUACAUAUAUAGAUACAUAUAAGUAAAUAUAUUUAUUUAUAUAUGUAUGAAAAAAGUGACACCCGUCGUUGACGCGUAGCUUCAAAGUCCAGGCUAUGAUAAUUCCAAUAGCAGAUUGAGCACACUCGUCGUCGCUUCAUGUAUAUGUCGGACAUGAAAAAUCUUGGUUCACGUUGGACUGGCCCCAACAUACCACGCACUGCCGCAGCGCGCUCACUACUGGUCGCCGCAAUUUCACCUCUACCGAAUAAUAACAAUACCGGGAGACGCAGGCAUAACGUGAGGAGUGAAAAUAAUCAAACAAGACGACGGAGUAUAAUUAUCGCAAGCGGCGAAAAAAAAGAAAGCGAGAUAACGAGGAGUUACGUGGUGCAACAGCCGCAUUUAUCCGUCCGAUCCUACAAAACUUCUUUGUACACUACUACAACCGCGCAUUCAAAAUUUAAGAAGCACUUACUUGUAGCCAACAUUUCAAUAUCUCGCUUACAACUACACUAUUCUCGCCAUCGACAGUUUUAUUCUUUUUCACCUCAAACACACAGCCGUCAUUUAAGGAAGUGUUAGCACCUACCGUAAGGAAGGUGCCGUUGUCGUGCGCAGCGUAGACAAUGUCCGAGUUUUCUGACUCCAUAUCAGAAGAACGAAGUUUGUUCCGUCCGUUCACGCGGGAAUCUUUGGCUGCUAUUGAAGCUCGCAUUGCUGAAGAACUUGCCAAGCAGAAGGAGCUCGAAGCUAAGAGAGCACUAGGCGAGGGUGGUUAUGGACGGAAGAAAAAGAAAAAAGAAACCCGUUAUGACGACGAAGACGAGGAUGAGGGUCCACAGCCUGAUCCGAUGUUCGAACAAGGGGCGCCCAUUCCAGUCCGAUUGCACAACGAAUUUCCCCCCGAGCUGGCCUCGACGCCUCUUGAAGAUAUCGACAGCUUUUACCACAAUCAGCGGACGUUCGUGGUUAUCAGCAAAGGAAAGGAUAUAUUCAGAUUCUCGGCGACGAAUGCGCUGUGGAUCCUCGACCCGUUUAAUCCAAUACGACGGGUGGCCAUAUAUAUUUUGGUCCACCCACUCUUUUCCUUGUUCAUCAUCACAACUAUUUUGGUUAACUGCAUACUCAUGAUUAUGCCCACAACGCCCACCAUCGAGUCCACUGAAGUGAUAUUUACGGGAAUCUACACAUUUGAAUCCGCCGUUAAGGUGAUGGCGAGGGGUUUCAUUCUGCAGCCUUUUACCUAUCUUAGAGAUGCAUGGAAUUGGCUCGACUUCGUAGUUAUAGCUUUAGCUUAUGUGACGAUGGGCAUAGAUCUAGGCAACCUUGCCGCUCUCAGGACAUUUCGAGUCCUCCGAGCCUUGAAGACUGUCGCUAUUGUACCAGGUCUGAAAACCAUUGUCGGCGCUGUGAUAGAGUCAGUAAAAAAUUUGCGCGAUGUGAUAAUCUUAACGAUGUUCUCCCUUUCCGUCUUUGCGUUAAUGGGCCUUCAGAUUUACAUGGGGGUCCUGACGCAAAAAUGUAUUAAAAACUUUCCGAAUGAUGGCUCUUGGGGAAAUCUUACUGAUGAAAAUUGGGAAAAAUUUGUUAGUAAUGCAACCAAUUGGUAUGUUGAUGACAACGGUAAUAUGCCUUUAUGUGGUAAUUCAUCGGGUGCUGGGAUGUGUGAACCGGGUUAUACGUGUUUACAAGGUUACGGUGACAAUCCAAAUUAUGGAUACACGAGUUUUGAUACAUUUGGAUGGGCGUUGUUGUCGGCAUUUCGUUUGAUGACCCAAGAUUAUUGGGAGAACUUGUAUCAACUGGUGCUGAGAUCGGCUGGUCCGUGGCACAUGCUCUUUUUCAUCGUUAUCAUAUUUCUUGGAUCGUUCUAUCUUGUGAAUUUGAUCCUCGCCAUUGUAGCGAUGUCGUACGACGAGCUGCAGAAGAAAGCUGAGGAAGAGGAAGCUGCCGAGGAGGAGGCGAUAAGGGAAGCUGAAGAAGCGGCCUUGGCCAAAGAACAAAAGAUAGCGGCUCAUGCGGCAGCCAGAGAAGCUGCCGCUGCGGCCGCGGCUGCUGAAUCAAUCGUUAAAUCGCCCUCAGACUUCUCUUGUCACAGUUAUGAAUUAUUUGUUGGCCAAGAGAAGGGCAAUGACGACAACAACAAAGAGCGCAUGAGCAUUAGAUCUGUCGAAUCUGUUAGCGAGUAUCGGGUCAGACAAAUCAACAACAAUCACAACGCUGCUAAUAAAGUUCGAAAAGUCAGCGCUGCAAGCCUUAGUUUACCCGGGUCGCCGUUCAAUCUCCGAAGAGGAAGCAGAGGAAGCCAUCAGUUCACGAUUCGCAAUGGCCGAGGCAGAUUCGUCGGACCACCGGGUGGUGACAGAAAGCCGCUGGUGCUUUCGACGUAUCUGGAUGCCCAAGAACAUCUGCCUUACGCGGACGACUCUAAUGCCGUGACUCCGAUGUCCGAGGAGAAUGGCACGAUCGUCGUCCCGGUUUACUACGCGAGUCUGGGCUCGCGACACUCGUCUUACACCUCCCACACCUCGAGAUUAUCUUAUACGUCCCAUGGUGAUCUGCUGGGCGGUAUCGCCAAUGCCGGUAAACCCAUGACCAAGGAAAGCAGAUUGAGAAGUAGAUCUGCCAGACAGCCGUCAACUAAUGGGCAUCCAGAGCAAAUGCAAAAAUUACAUCAUGAAGUGGACAUGGAAGAUCCACUGGGUAAAAAUAAGCAACAAGACAACCCAUUCAUCGAGCCUUCCCAGCAGAAUGCUGUUGUUGAUAUGAAAGACGUUAUGGUUCUGAAUGACAUUAUUGAGCAAGCCGCUGGGCGGCAGAGUACAUCAUCAGAACAAGGAGUCUCUGUUUAUUAUUUUUCAACAGACGACGACGAAGAAGGACCAACAAUAAAAGAAAAAAUACUGUCGGCAGUAAUUAGGGCGAUUGAUUUUUUGUGUGUAUGGGAUUGCUGCUGGGCAUGGUUAAAAUUCCAAGAGUGGGUUGCGCUCAUAGUAUUCGAUCCAUUUGUCGAACUUUUUAUUACUCUCUGCAUUGUAGUCAACACCUUAUUUAUGGCCCUCGACCAUCACGAUAUGGACAAAGACAUGGAGCGGGUAUUAAAAUCUGGCAAUUACUUUUUUACGGCGACAUUUGGUAUCGAAGCCGGGCUUAAAUUAAUAGCAAUGAGCCCGAAAUUUUACUUUCAAGAAGGCUGGAAUAUUUUCGACUUUAUUAUCGUGGCGCUGUCACUUCUCGAGUUGGGUCUCGAGGGUGUCCAAGGUCUUUCAGUAUUACGUUCGUUUAGAUUGUUGCGAGUGUUCAAAUUAGCUAAAUCGUGGCCGACUUUAAACUUGUUGAUAUCGAUUAUGGGAAGAACAGUAGGAGCCUUGGGUAACUUAACGUUCGUGCUGUGCAUUAUAAUAUUCAUAUUUGCCGUGAUGGGUAUGCAGCUGUUUGGAAAAAAUUACACCGAUAAAGUUGAUCUUUUUCCCGACGGUACUCUGCCAAGAUGGAAUUUUACCGAUUUCAUGCACUCAUUUAUGAUUGUAUUCCGUGUGCUGUGUGGAGAAUGGAUCGAAUCGAUGUGGGACUGCAUGCUGGUCGGUGACGUCUCGUGCAUACCAUUCUUCCUGGCUACUGUUGUAAUCGGCAACUUGGUCGUUCUCAAUCUCUUCUUGGCGUUGCUCUUGUCAAACUUCGGUUCGUCAAAUCUGUCAGCGCCGACGGCCGACAACGACACCAACAAAAUAGCCGAGGCAAUUGACCGGAUAGCAAGAUUUAUAAAUUGGAUCAAGCGAAGCUGUUCAAAUCUCGUUAAGAUGUUGAGAGCCAAACUCACCAACCAGAUAUCCGAUCAGGCGCCAGGUGAGGGACCGUCCAACAGUUGGAAAGAAGUUAUCCGAUAUUAUUUUUCGACCAUGAAAAUUGGUAACCCGGAUGGGUUAGAGAUCAUGUGUAACUGCGCAGAUGGAAUUGACCGGGACGGAGAUCGGGAUCUUGCAGAUGGAGAGCUGGACUGCUAUCGGGACAAGAAAAGCGCCAAAGAGUUUAACAACCAGUUGGAAGUUGCCAUCGGUGAAGGAAUGGAAUUUACCAUCCAUGGAGAUCUGAGAAAUAAAUUGAGAAAGGAAAGAUUGAGCAUGAACAAUACAAAGGCUAUCAGUAACUCCAUUAAUCACUACGACUGCCGGCUAGACCAUGACUACAUCCAUCAUCAUGACGACGAUACUAUUAGUAACAAGUCAUAUGGAAGCCAUAAAAACCGACCAUUCAAAGACGAAAGCCAUAAAGGAAGCAUUGACUCGCUGGAUGGUGAAGAGAAAAAAGACGCGAGCAAGGAAGACCUUGAAGAAGAUCUAGAUGAUGAAGAAGACGAAGAUAAAGGCGAAGAUGAAGGAGAAGUUGGACAUAUAAUACUAGCCGAUGAAGACGUAAUCGAAGCAGACUACCCAGCAGACUGUUGUCCUGACCACUGCUACAAAAAAUUCCCCUUUUUGGCGGGUGAUGACGACGCUCCGUUCUGGCAGGGCUGGGCAAACUUGCGGCUAAAAACCUUUCAACUUAUCGAGAACAAGUACUUCGAGACGGCUGUGAUUACUAUGAUUUUACUUAGCAGUAUGGCAUUGGCGCUUGAAGAUGUUCACCUUCAACAGCGGCCGAUUCUUCAAGAUAUUCUUUAUUACAUGGAUCGUAUCUUCACGGUCAUCUUCUUUCUUGAAAUGUUAAUAAAGUGGUUGGCGUUAGGGUUUGCAAAAUACUUCACAAAUGCUUGGUGCUGGCUCGAUUUUAUCAUUGUCAUGGUUUCGCUCAUUAACUUCGUAGCGUCGCUCUGUGGCGCGGGCGGAAUUCAAGCCUUCAAAACAAUGCGGACCCUAAGGGCCCUAAGGCCACUCAGGGCGAUGUCUAGAAUGCAGGGGAUGCGGGUGGUGGUUAACGCGUUGGUCCAGGCUAUCCCGUCCAUCUUCAACGUAUUGCUUGUAUGUUUAAUCUUCUGGCUUAUUUUCGCCAUCAUGGGAGUUCAAUUAUUCGCCGGAAAAUACUUCAAAUGUGUCGACAUGAACAAGACAACAUUAAGUCAUGAAAUAAUACCAGACCGUAAUGCUUGCAAAGCUGAAAAUUAUACAUGGGAAAAUUCGCCAAUGAAUUUUGAUCACGUUGGAAAAGCUUACUUGUGUCUAUUCCAAGUGGCCACAUUCAAAGGGUGGAUUCAAAUAAUGAACGACGCCAUCGACUCUAGAGAAAUUAACAAACAACCAAUUCGUGAAACAAAUAUAUACAUGUAUCUAUACUUUGUAUUCUUCAUAAUAUUUGGAUCAUUUUUUACCCUCAACCUGUUUAUCGGAGUUAUCAUUGACAACUUCAACGAGCAGAAGAAGAAAGCCGGUGGCUCGCUCGAGAUGUUCAUGACUGAGGAUCAGAAGAAGUAUUACAACGCGAUGAAGAAAAUGGGGAGUAAGAAACCACUGAAAGCCAUUCCACGACCAAGGUGGAGGCCACAAGCGAUUGUGUUCGAAAUAGUGACAGACAAAAAGUUCGAUAUGAUAAUUAUGUUGUUCAUCGGUUUGAACAUGUUAACGAUGACACUCGAUCAUUACCAACAGACUGCAACAUUCAGCAAUGUGCUUGAUUACUUAAACAUGAUAUUCAUUGUGAUAUUCAGUAGCGAGUGUCUGAUGAAGAUUUUUGCUCUACGUUAUCACUACUUCAAGGAGCCAUGGAAUCUCUUUGAUUUUGUUGUUGUUAUAUUAUCAAUAUUAGGUUUGGUCCUGAGUGACAUUAUUGAGAAGUACUUCGUCUCGCCUACGUUACUUCGAGUGGUGAGAGUCGCGAAAGUCGGACGAGUACUGCGUCUAGUAAAGGGUGCCAAGGGUAUAAGAACGCUGUUGUUCGCCCUGGCCAUGUCAUUGCCGGCGCUCUUCAACAUCUGCCUGCUGCUGUUCUUGGUGAUGUUCAUCUUCGCCAUAUUCGGCAUGUCUUUCUUCAUGCACGUGAAAGACAAGAGUGGCCUGGAUGACGUCUACAACUUCAAGACUUUUGGACAAUCAAUGAUUCUGCUGUUCCAGAUGUCAACGUCCGCGGGUUGGGACGGCGUGCUCGAUGGUAUAAUAAACGAGGAGGACUGCCAGGAGCCUAACAAUGAAAUAGGAUAUCCUGGCAACUGUGGCUCGUCGACUAUUGGAAUUGCAUACCUGCUAUCGUACCUCGUCAUCAGCUUCCUAAUCGUCAUCAACAUGUACAUCGCGGUGAUAUUAGAAAAUUACUCACAAGCGACAGAAGAUGUGCAGGAGGGAUUGACCGAUGAUGACUACGAUAUGUACUAUGAAAUUUGGCAGCAAUUCGACCCGGACGGUACGCAGUACAUACGAUAUGACCAGCUCUCUGACUUCUUGGAUGUACUGGAGCCCCCUUUGCAAAUACAUAAGCCGAAUAAGUAUAAGAUCGUGUCGAUGGAUAUUCCCAUAUGUAAGGGUGACCUUAUGUUUUGCGUGGAUAUCCUCGAUGCACUCACAAAAGACUUCUUCGCGAGAAAGGGUAAUCCCAUUGAAGAAACAGCAGAGCUGGGAGAAGUACAAGCCAGACCUGAUGAGGUUGGCUAUGAGCCGGUCUCGUCGACACUGUGGCGUCAGAGAGAGGAGUAUUGCGCCAGGUUGAUACAAAAUGCCUGGCGCAAACACAAACAACAACGACUGGGAGGUCCCAGUGAGGAGAGCGACGACCCAGACAUGGACCCGCGGGUAAGACAGACCGCGGUCCUCGUUGAGAGCGAUGGAUUCGUCACGAAAAAUGGCCACCGUGUGGUCAUCCACAGCCGAUCCCCAAGUGUCACAUCGCGAACAGCGGAUGUCUGAUUAUCACUGCGGCAGCCGUCAUUAUCACUACCCCACCGUUGACCAUUACAACGACCACCUCUCGACCCACCACCACCACCACCACCACCAACGCCACCCGUCAACUCCUCCUCUAAUUAAAUCUCACUGUCGUGCUGCUGCUAUGAAAUUCAACAGCCUUAUUCAUAUAAAUAUUUAUAUAUAUAUAUUAUAUAUAUAUAUAAAAUAAAUAAUUUAAUUAAAUAGUUUUAUAAGCAACGUGACUUUGUCCUCGAGUUGCCUUUCGUCGGACCACUGCAAAAACUGUCACGUAUAUUAAUUCUCGCCGUUAAAGAGCGAUCGUCAGACACUUGGAUCGUCAGUCCAUGUUUAUAAAAAUAAUAAUAAUAAUAAUAAUAAUAAUAAUAAUAAUAAUAAUAAAUAAAUAAUAAAUAAUAUAAAUAUUGAAGUAAAAAACCUCGAGCACGUCUCGAUGUGUGUCUUGUUGUCAAAAAUAAUCUACAUAACAUCCGAGUACACGUUUUUACUCAAUUGACUAUCGUGCCCUUCCCCGACGGUUACUCUUCGCUUGCUUGUGUUCUAUCUGCUAUUAUUAUAACUUAUCACACUUUAUUUUAUAAUUAUCAUUAUGUAUUAUAUAUUAUUAUUACUGGCAGCAAGAAUACAGCCUCAUCAUAAAUCGUAAAUCAUCAGUACGUAUUUCGCGCUUCUUGUUUGCUCACCGAAUUCGCUUCCCCUAAAUAUGGAUUCGGAUGACCAACGCACUAUAAAAUCGACAUGCAACAACAAUAUAAAUAACUGUGUGUUAAAUAUUAAGUGUCAAGAUCUAAAUGUGUGAUCGAAGCGCGACUUUACGUAUUAUCAAUCAUCUGUGAGCGACGUAGCAAGAGAAUCGAAUUGUGUCUCGACGAGCACCAUCUCCACGAAUCAUCUCGGCCGAUUGCCCGAUUGCAACAGUCAGCAGUUAAUAGACAAAAUAAAUAAAUAUAUAAAUAAUAUAUAUAUAAAAAAAAAACAAAUCUAUCGUCUCUGCCGCUUUGUCCAGUGUUUUUUACAUUCUUUGUUAUUCUUGUUACUUAUUAUUGUUUCUGUUAUUGUCAUUAUUAUUGUUAUUAUUAUUAAUUAUUAUUACUAUUAUCAUUAUUAUUAUUAUUAUAUGUCUUAGUCUUGUUGUUACUAUUAUUAUUAUUGGUACCACCAUCCUCGUGAUGUUGAAUCAAUAAAAUCACGCGUAUAAAUACAUAUAAUAAUAUGUAAUAUAUAUACUAUAUAUAUUUUGCAAUAUUUACUUUGUAAAAAAAAUUUAAAAGUACUCAUGUUGUGUGACGAUUUUAUUUAUUUGCUUUUCGUUUAACGGAUACCGAUUUCUCGUUUUUCGUCGUAACGCAAUCUCUCAAUGCAUUAAAAUAUAUAUAUAUAUAUAUAUAAAUAAAUAUAUGUAUAGCUCUAGCUUUUUCUAUUUGAAUGAAUGAAUGGUUGCAAUAAUGGCAAAUAAAAUAUACGGUCGCGAGUUUUAAUAAUUUAUUUAAAAAAUAAAUAUGACAAAAUUUGCUGUUAUUGUUUGUAAUAUAAUUUUUGGUAUAAUCGUAAAAAAAAAAAAAAUGGAUAAUAGUAAUAAAACUCGCGAGGGUUUUGAUCAGUAAAAAAAAAUUAAAUACACAAGACCGUAAAAAUGGCGAAUGCUUAAAAGUGAAAAUGCGUAAUAGUAAUUAAAAUAAUUCCACUCAACGAUUGCCAGCAUAAUUAAAUAAUUACGAGAUUGAAGUUACGUAUGAAAUAAUAACGCGGACUAGUAAAAAAUUUUGAGAUAAAAUUUAAAAGACAAACAACAAAAAUAUAUAUAAGAAAGAGAAAAGUCUUUUGCGUGAGCAAAGUUACGGAUUAAUUAGUUAAUUAAUAAAUAAAUAAAUUAAUUUAUUAUAAAUAUAUGUGUAUAUAUUUAUAUGUAUACAUAUAUAUUGUAAGUUAUUAAUAAUAUUAAGUGUAAGAUAGACGUGUAUGAUGAAAAGCUCACUCGUAAUGAGUAAUCGUCGCAUGCGAACUAUCGGCCGCGCUUAUUAAUAUUUUUAAUUUAUUAUUCUAUUCAAUUAAAUAUUUUUUAUAUCAUUUUUUUACAACUUACUCUCUCGAGACACCGGUAUAAAAAAUAAAAUAAAAAAAAACCUUUCUCCAUUGUCACGGUAAUGCUAACACACGACAUAAUUAGCUUUAAAUUAAUUACAGCGAAUUAAUUACCAUUAGCUUAAUUGACCUCUAUUAUUGUUAUUAUUUAAUUAAGCGCAACACCAUGCAUACUAAAUGCUACUUAAAUUAUUUAUUAAUCACACCAUGUAUCAUUUAAUAAUACUUAUUAUGAUUUAAUGCUAAUUAUAUAAGUGCAUCCAUUAAAGUUUAAUAGAUUUUAAUAAUUAUAUUGCUUUAUGUACACGCUAAUUUAUCACGACUGUUAAUUUUCUAUUCUAUUAUUUAUAUGUUCAAAUUUUAAUCAUAUAGAUAUUUAUCAUAAUGUUAAUAAUUUUGUUAUUAUAAUUAUAAAGAAAAAAAUUUUAUCAUAAAUUCUAAUAAAAAAAAUUAAAAAUAAAAUAAAGGAAACGCAAGACUAAUUGUUACUGACUUACAGGCUCUAGUUAAUUGUUAUAAAAUUCAUUUUUAUAAUUUACAUUCACUAGUAACUAAAAUAUCUUGCGUUUCAGUAAAAAAUCUAGGCUUAAUUAAAUAAAUUAAAAAAUUAAAAAAAACAUUUAUAUAAAAAAAAAACACAUUGUAGGAUAAAAACGCUUAUCUUACAACAAGCAAACCAAUGUUCAUUACUCUAUAAGCUAUAGAAGCUCAAAAAAAAUAAAAUAAAUAAAAAUCAUUUUAAAUUAAUCGUACAAAAAUUAUUCUCACUAAACGUUAAAUCUGCUUAUGAACUUAUUACUACUGUAGAAUAUUUAUCAUUAAGCAUAAAUCGAAUCUAUAUUCCUUUUUCUACGUACAGUAGUAUUUUCUCUACUCAACAUCUUCACUGUCAGCAAAUAAAUAUUUUUAUUUAUUUAUUUGUUACACGGAGAAAUUAUUCUUGAUUUAAAUACUAUGGUGUGAUACUAAAACUGGACCAUGUUACCCACCAUCAGAAAUUGUAAUACACACAUGCAAAAAUUUCUAUGACCAUAAAAAAAUUUACUACGUUACAGUAAAUUGCAAUGACCAUAAAAAAAUUUACUAGGUCACGGUAAUUCGUCAUUUUUUACAAUUACCAUAGUAAUUUUCAUACGUGUCUACUUGAAUUUCUAAUGGUGGCCAACAUGGUCCAGCUCUACUAUGACACCAUAAGAUUUUCCUCAAGAAUUUUCUCCAUGUACCAAUCAAACAAAUAAAUAAUUACUCCCACCCGUCGUCAUUCCAUCGAAUUUAUCACAAAGGAGGUUUCACACAAUCAUUUAAUAAUUUAAAAUAAUAAAUAAUUAACAAAUAAUAAAUAAAUAAUUUAUAUAUUCAAUUAUUUGUACAAUUAAUUUAUUUAACAAUAAGAGAAUGAAUGGGAAACCUUCUUAAUUAUCGACGAGAUUGCCUUGAUUGCGACAUGCUCGAAUUAAAAAUACAAAAUCAAUAAUAAUAAUAAAAAUAAUAAUAAUAAUAAUAAUAAUAAUAAUAAUAAUAAUAAUAAUAAUAAUAAUAAUAAUAAUAAUAAUAAUAAUGAUAAAUAAAUUGUGUAUUGAGUUUUAGAUGCUGUAAUAUGUGCAAAUAAUUCUUAUCACGUCAUUUGUAUGCAUUUUCACAUACACAUGUAUAUUUUCGGUAAUUAGCUUAAAAAAGAUUCAUGCAUAUAUAUAUACAUAAAUAUAUAUGUAUAUAUAAUCAUCAAUAGAAGCAAUAAGUAAAAUAAAAUUUAUAAUAAUAAAUAAAUAAGUAAUAAUAAUAAUAAUAAUAAUAAUAAAUGCGGUUGUUUAUUGAGUGUCGUAUAAAAAUGAUUACCUGAUUUUUCCCCAAAUCAUUUGAAUCAAUUUAUGGACACGCGAUAAACGAACGCACGCAAGUGUUACUUGCUAAUAAUAAUGACAUUAAUAUUAAUAUUAAUAUAAUGAUAUAAAUACUAAAAUAAAAAUCCUCGAUAUUUCCACAUUUAACGAUUUCUAGGUAAGUUUCGCGCGUGUAUGAUAUUUAAAAAUAUAUAAACAAACACAAUGUGAUUAUCUGAAGGCUUUAAGUGUGAAUAUUUCGAAAUAUCAAGGAAAGAAUAUUUAAAAACAAUUUAAACAAAUAAAUAUAUAUAUUAAUAUAUGAAAAUGAAUGAGGAAGAAUAUUAGGCACGAGCUGAGAAAUUUUAACUUCCCCUAAAAAAUUAUUAGCUCGCGUAAAUAAAAUUUAUCUCGGUGUUUUAAUAUUUUUCCUGGCUCUGAUUAAAGGAUCCUGAUUAUAUCAAUUAUUUAUUGAUAUAUAUGUACACAUACGUGUUUGUGUAUGAGUACAUAUGUAUUUAUAAAUUUAUUAAUUAAUAAGAAUGUUAAAGAAUUGAAGUUUUUAAAUAUUUGGCUUAUUAAUUAACCGGUAGUAGCGAUAAUGGGGAGAGUAUGUCUAUCGUUUGAUGAUAUCGUUUUAUCUAUAAAUAUGUUGGCUUGUAUUUUUAAAAAAUUAUACGUUUUGUUUUUAAUAAUAAUAAUUUUAAAAAAUAUAUUAAAACCGUAACGCUGAGAAAUAUAUAUAUAUAUUAUAAAUCAACGUACUUUCUCCGUGAACGAUACUGCCGUUAUUCAUAAGUUAUUGUCACAAAUGAUUAUAAAAAACUAAAUAAAUAAAAUAAAACUAGAUGACUUGGAGUGGAAAUGUAUCAAAGAAUAUAUAUAAAUUAUAAAUUUAUGAGUAUUAGUAAAAAAAAUAUGCGGACUCGUUGAGCGACAGACAUAAACUUGGACUUAAAGUGAUUUAAAAAAAACUAUUAUAAAUAAAUAAAAUAUAAUUAUUAUAAAAAAAAAAUCCGGACGUCGAUAAAACGAUAUAUCAAGAAGCGACUUUGAGCUUUCUUACAAUUAAAUUUAUUAAAAAUCUCUAAUUGCAAUCAUAAGAUAAUAAAAGUAAAAUAUUAACAAUGAUAGACAGCUAAUUAAUGUAAUGUGCAACGCUAAAAAAAAAAUCAGAGCCUGUCGGCCAGUAAUUUAAAAGCAACUGCCAUGGGUUAAGCUAAGCUAGAUCGGCUGAGAAUAAAAUUUUCAACAAACUAGCUACCAAAAUAAUUAAUAAACUUUUAAAAGUUAACAAAUCACGAUGGUAACUAUAAAAAAUAAAUAAAGAUUUUAAAAACAAAAAUAUAUAUAUAUUAAUUGAGAUACUGUCCAUUAUAAACACGUUCUGUUACAAUUACGAAUUACUGUACUGUAAUGAACAAAAAAAAUGGAGUUUAUUAUAUCGUGGUAUGAUAAAAAUAAAUAAAACAAACAAACUAUAGAAAUGAAUGAGUAAAAAAUAAAUUAAAGAGAUAAAUAAAAAAAGGCAAAAACCAAAAAAUAAAAUAUGAGUUAUUUGCACAAUAUUAUAAAUAAUUAAUGUUUAUUACGAUUAAAUGAAUUUAAAGAGCAAAUAAUGCAAAGAAAAUAAAACGUUGUUAAAUAAUUAAUACAAGAUGAUGAA